UAAUAUUUUAAAAACGAAUUUUAUUAAAAUUUAGAACGAACUAUGAGGGUGUAAAAGCAAAUUUUGAGCGAAUUUUGAAAUAAAAAAAAAUAACGAAUUUUAAUCGGCGACAAAAGCGAAUUCAGCGAAUUCAGUACUCUGGAGUUACUUCUCUUUUGCCUAUUUAUCCCAAACAAAAAAUUCUUUCAAUUUAUACAGAUAUUAUGAUAUACACGCGCCGAAUGUCAAUUACCCCUCAACUAUCUGCAUUCAUAAGUAUGAAUGAAGGACUUGUUAUCAGUGACAUCAUCACACACAAACGAACUUCAGUGGAAGGAAUUAAAAGGAUGUGGAUACGACGAUUUACUUCAGAAGUCAAAGACGAUGCACUUAUCGUAGAUUCCGUAGAAGUAAACUGGAUUGACUUACUAGCUGAAGGAGUAAAAAAAGCAAAAGAAAAUAUGAUACAAUCCCUUAAAGGCAAAAGAAUCUUUGCACUUUUAGAAGGUUAUGAAAAAGAAAACGAUUCUAUUGCAAAAUCAGUGGCUGGGCCACAAGCCGAGGGCAGUACUAAUAAGAAAAAAAAAGGAAAAGAGACAGCUCACUAUGUCCAAGAAGCAACGGAAUCUGAUACUAUACAACCAAAACAUUUCGGGUCUAAUGUACAACCCAUAGACAGUUCUAGUGUAGAUACCACAGCCAAAUCUAGUGUACAGUCUAAUGAUGUUUCAGCCCAAAGUACCCCUUUUUUACAGAUCAUUUACAGUGACAACGACGUCGAUAGUUCUUAUAAAGAAAAGGAGUCGGAAACAAUGACCAAUGUAUCGUCUGCUUGGUGUAUUGUAGGUUACGUUUGGUCGAUGACACUCAGUGAAUUAAAUAUUAUCUCCGAAGGAAAGAAAGAAAUGGUUACUAGCAAUUCAAAUGUAAAGUCGAUAUAUGAUAAUACUCACAAUCUUGCCUUUGAAAAGCUUUUAAAACCAUCAGAUAUUGACAAAAGACUUUUUCUAUCUGCUUUAUUUGAAACAUCACAUCCAAACAAUCCAGCCAAUCGUCAGUAUAUAGUGCCCCUUAAAAAGUUACCAAAGAACAUUAUUCAAUGUGUAAGAGCUAUGGAGCAAGCAAUGGAGAACAGAACCGUGAUUAAUGUACAGGGCAUCCCACUCAACACCGUUAAUGAAGUAGCUCUACACCAUAUUCUGGUUGGGAUAUAUCUGAAUCAUUCCAAGCCUACUAAAUGCCCAUCAAGUGAAAUUGAUUUAAUAGUUAAGUCUGUAAGUGAGUUACUUUGUUCUUUGUGGUCACCACAUAAUGAUGUAACGGUUUCAUGGGACUUUUCCACCUGGAUUAACAAACAAAAAAUGCCCGAUUCAAUUUCUACGCGGCCAGACCUUGUUUUUUGUUCUGACCUUUGGGAAGUGGGUAACGGAGAGAUUAAGCCCGUUGGGACGUCAAAAUCAUGUGUUGAUGUUGCUCGUGCGAGGGUAUUAGAGACAUGUAAGAGACAGCUGCACGUAAGAUUGAAGGCUGCAUCAUUACCAAUAGAAGCUACAACUUUUGGUGUGCUUGUUUACGGUCUGUGCUAUGAAACAUUUGUUGUUUCAUUUAGUGACGGAUAUUAUCCAUAUGAGCGUGUCUCUGUUGGAUUGUUGCCCACCUCCUUCAACACAUAUAAAAAUGCAGAAAAGACAUUGAUGGAUUUAAUACAGUUAAAAGAAUCGAUGAGUAUGUCUUUGUCGACAGAAAUCACAUCUGAGGAGUUUAUCCUUGUAGAUAAAAACCUUCUGAUUCCAACCGUGUCGUACAGCUCCAUUGUAAAAUAUGACAACUGAAUCUGUUCAGCGUUAAUAAAAAAAUUAAAUUAUGUUAUUGAUUUGCUUACUCGAU